AUGAGUACUCAACGCAAAAGUACCCUCUCACAUAACACGCGUCCAUCAGCUACUUCAAUUUAUUCAGAAACAACAUUGAAUUCAAACGACGAAGAGGAUCAUCAUCGACUAUCACGCUAUUAUUCAGCAAUCUAUACUCAUAAAGCUGAUGUUUAUCAUGUUCUUGAAAGACAACAAGGCAAACAUACACUUAUUUAUCAUUUAUUUGUUUUUGGACUAACAUUGAUUUCCUUGAUACUCGGUGCAAUAUCAACAAUCGAUGAAUGUCGAUCAGCAUUAAAUGGACCCUUAUAUUAUGUUGAAUUAGGUUUAUCGAUAUUUUUUACUUAUGAAUUUUUAUUACGUAUAUGGUCAGCUGGUUGUGUAGCAAAAUAUCGAACAUUGGUUGGUCGUUUAAUGUUUGUCACUCGAUCGGUCAUUGUACUCGAUAUAGUAACACUGAUGGGCUUUAUAUUAUGCAUAGCGACAGGUAUCACAACUGGAAGAUUUCCUGAAAUCGUACUCAGAUUUUUACCACUAUUACAGACGAUUCGAUUUAUACGUGUUGAUCGACAAUUAUCAUCGUGGAAAAUUCUAAAAGAAAUUAUUUGGACACAUCAUGAAGAACUUGCCGUUACAAUCGUCAUUGGUUUUGUGUUUCUUAUAACAGGUUCUUAUCUCGUUUAUAUUGCUGAGACACCAGAAGAUCGACGUUUAUAUGAUGGACCAUACAAAUCCAUGGCUGAUUCAAUGUGGUUUUCAAUUAUUACAAUGACAACCAUUGGCUUCGGUGAUCUUUAUCCAAAAACCUUUAUUGCUAAAAUGGUAACAUCAACUGUUUGUUAUCUUGGUGUUGCAUUUUGGUGUUUACCUGCUGGCAUUAUCGGAAGUGGUCUUGCUAUCAAAGUUCAAGAACAAAAACGUGAUGAAGCCAUUAGUCGUCUUAUACCUGCUGCAGCAAGUGUGAUUCGUAAUUGGUGGCGACUUCGAUGUGCAUAUCAAGGCAAUCGUUUUGUUGCUACAUGGAAAUUUUAUAGAUUAACCCAACGACGCGUUGAUAGACAGAUACCACCAGUCGUCACUGAACAUAUGGAUUCAGCAUCACCCAUUACUACACUUCCAAUCAGUCGUUCAUUUGAUAUGAAUCUAUUUCGACGUAAUCAUACAGGUUCAACAAGAAAAACACAACAAGAUCAUAUUCGAAAGAAACCUGUAGAGACCAUAGAUGAUUUACCGAAACGUUAUGUAACAGCAAUAAAAAUAAUUCGUAUGCUAAAGUAUUCAUGUGCAUGUAGAAAAUUCCAUCGAGCUAAGCAGCCAGUUAAUUUGAAUGAAGUUGUUCAUGAGAAUACUCUAAUGACGAAUCGUUUAUCAACUAUUCUCAAUGACAUACAACGUCGGUUAGAUUUAACAUUGGGUACAAAAAGACCGGUAUCACAUCUACCCGUUGAACAAAAACAUCAAGUGAGUUUAAGUGCACGAAUCGAAGCAGUCGAACAUGUAACAAUUAGAUUUGAAUCAAAAUUAAACUAUUUAGAAAGAUUAGCAUUGAAUUUAAGUAAGAAUCGUUGA